AUGAACCCCAACGCCACAGAGUUCGUGCCGGGGCGGAGUAACGGCCCUGUCGGCGGGCUCGAGGCGCUGCCCACGUCCACGGCGGACAUGGAGCUUGCCAAGGCUCCACCUGCCACUGCUGGCUACGCGCCGUCGCCAGCCGGUGCGGCACGCCGCAGCCUGCAUAGCUCUCCCAUCAUCCAGCCCUCUCGUCUGAGCGUCAAGAGUGCCUCCGAGAUUGAGGCCAUUAGCAAAAACAGCGCCUUAAAUGCCGCUGCUGCUGCGUACGUGCCACAGCGCACCCUGGCGCGCGUGGUGCUGGCGCAGCCCUCUCCACUCGCCCUCGCCCCCUCAGAGGACCCGGUCAAGGACAACAUCGAGAUGAUGCUGGACGACCUUUGGUGUCUCUUCUACUUCCCCACCACGUUGGGUGAGAACAUUAAGGAGGAGGAUUACAACCCCACAUUGGUGUUCCGCGUGGACAGCAUCCCGACCUUCUGGAGGGUGGUGAACAACAUCGCGUCUCCGACCGAGCUGCAACUCAGCACGCUGUAUCUCUUCCGGGACGGCAUCGACCCCAAGUGGGAGGACCCCGCGAACCGAGACGGCGGUAUCGUGAAGGUGAAGGCCACCUCUGCCCAGAUCGACGAGGCGUGGGAGCUCCUCCUGUGCCGCACCAUCGGCGACUCGUGGUCCCCAUCGGUGCGCGAGACUGUCAACGGUGUGGUGUUGAAGGUUCGCGAGCGCGGCUACUGGCUAGAAUUGUGGGUCACCAAGGACUCGAGCGCGCUACAGAAGGACCUCGCCGAGCUCUGGCACCCGAUCCUUGGCCCCUCCUUCUCGACCACGUACCUGACGCACUCCAUGCUGCAGGAGCGCACCCACGCCGCUGCAGCCUUAGCUGCUGAGAGGCAGAAAAGGAACCGUCGACGCUACUAA